CGAAAGAAAUACUCUCUAUUCCGUAUUACAGAGAAAAUAAAAGUAUAUAAAACUAAAAGAAGCGUCGGUCCGUCCAUCCAUCGGCCAGUUAGAAUAGUGGGCCCAGGGCCCAGCCCCAAAAUGUGGGUGGAUGGCCCACCUCUCCCCCGUCCUUGUAUAAAUCAAAAUUUCAACAUCAAAAACAAACCAUACGAUCCAAAAUUAUUUUGUUUGUUCCUUCAAUCUUAAUUUAUUUCCUCUCCGUGCUUGGAACCAAAAAACAACCAACAAAUACUACUACUAGUAGCAGUGCAAUGGCGGAGCUUGCGGUGGUGGGCGGCGGCGGCGCAAUGCCGCCGCCGAAGCUCAUAAGUUACCUCUCCUCCCUGCUGCAGCGAGUGGCGGACUCCAACGACCUGGCUGCAGCAGAAGAGGAGGGGGAAGGGGUGUCGGUGUUCCACGGGGUGAGGAGGCCGGGGAUAUCAGUGCGGAGCUACUUGGAGAGGAUAUUCAAGUACGCCAACUGCAGCCCGGCGUGCUUCGUGGUGGCGUACGUGUACCUUGACCGAUUCACUCACCGCCACCGCUCUAUUCUCAUCAACUCCUUCAACGUCCACCGCCUCCUCAUCACCAGCGUCAUGGUCGCCGCCAAAUUCAUGGAUGAUAUAAAAAGCGAGGCACUGUUUUGGCUUGGAAAUGAAGUCAUGGCCUGCAGAGAGAUGCCAUUGAAACCAGCUAAGAAUGUGUAUUAUAACAACGCAUACUAUGCAAAGGUGGGAGGGAUAAGCACAAGAGAGAUGAACCUUCUAGAAGUUGAUUUCCUGUUCGGUUUGGGGUUCCACUUGAACCUCACCCCCGCCACCUUCCACUCCUACUGCGCUCACCUCCACGCCGAAACGCUGCUCCUCCGCCCUUCGCCGCCGCCGCCGCCGUCCCCCCUCAAUGAUGACCUCAUCAUCUCUAUUCCAAACACUUAUAACACCACCACCACUACUACUACUAUAUCUUCUUCUUCUUUGGCAAUUCAAAAACAACAACACCCGCAGCUUGCUGUUUAAUUAUUAUUAUUAUUAUUAUUAUUAUUAUUAUUAUUAUUAUUAUUAUUAUUAUUAUUAUAGUGUAUGAGUGUAGUUUAUUUAUACGUACUUAAGCUGAAAUCAGAAAUAUAUUUUUGUUUAUGUCAAUUAGGGGUAAUUAUUUAGUGUGCGUAUGGGUAGCAGCAGGUAAAUAUAUAUACUUACUGGUUACUAGUUAAUCAAUGUUUUUGAUUUAAUUACUCACGAGUAAUUAGUUUCUUGUUUAAUUAUUCAGCUGGCUUGGCCUAUAUAUAUACAUACGUACUGAUAAUAAUGGCUGGGUAACGUG